AUGAACUUUAAUAUAAGCAAUAGACUUAGACCUCAGACUGCUUAUUCCAUGUCAUAAAAGGAGUUAUUGUCUGGUAAAUUUUCGUAGAAUGAUCAAUAACAAAUCAGUAAAUUGUUAGAGAAAAAUGCUACCUAUUUUGAUCAUGUUAAAGGUUUGGUGUACUUAUAUAUUAUAGAUCAAUGUGUUUGUGGACUCUGUGUUUGUGGUGGGUGCAAGUGUGGAUUAGAAAGAUUAAAAGAAUAAUAGGGAAUGCCAUUGAAAUCAUAGUAUCAACAGGACUACGUUGAAAAAUAGCCAUCCAGAAUUAAAUCAAUAUCACAAUUACCGACCUACAAAGACGAUUAUGCUAUGAAAUUUGAGACGACUCAAAGAGUGGAUUUCAAAGAUCCAAAAUAGAGACCAUAAACUUCCUACAAGCCAGAACAACCUAGAUUUGUAUAGCCUUUUCAUGCUGGCUCUACCUAUUAAUUGACUCAUACCAAAAUGCCUGAGGGUGAGAAGGUGAAUAUUAUUCCUUAAAACCAUCCAACAGUUAUGAAAGAUCUCCAAUUCUUGGGAUCAAGUGAGUACAAAAGGAAUUUCAGCGGGACACCAAUUACUCGAGAAAAAAACCUCAUUUUUGGAGCUCAUAGCAGUUUUGGGAAUCCCAUAAAUCCAGGAUUACCAUUUUUUGGGUCCACCACCUCUUCAAGAGCAUUCAGACCCUUUAAGGCAAAGAAAACGAGACCUUCAAAAACGACCACGUAAUUGCAAAGUGUGCCAACAUUUGAUGGAUAAUUUUCAACAAUAACAAAAUUGGAUUAUGUUGACAAAUCCCUUUAGAUUUGUCCAGCAAGAGCGGUACUUAAUUAUAAAAAAAACUCUAAUCAUUCUGGAUUUUGA